GUGUUCUGGACAACCAAAGACAAAACACUCGUGACCGUAUUGGACUUCGAGGAUCACGAUGACAACUUCUGGGGCCAAAAGACAAUCCACGAGUUCGACGCGUUAACGCUUAAGACUAUCGGAGCUCCCUUCAAGUCAACCCGCGUCAUCACUAGUCUAGCACUUUCAUUCGAUUGUGCUCUUCUCGCUAGCGCUUCCCAUUGGGACAACACCAUCAAACUCUGGGCCUUCGAGUCUCGCCAACUCCUCGCCUCGUUUGACAUUCAGGAUCCCAGGUACCUUCUCUUCUCACCCGACUCACCCCCGGAGCUGGCUUACUCGACUGGCAGCGAGAUCCGCAUAUGCCACAUUCUGCCUAACGGUCAUUGAUAGUGUCUGGCCUAACACAAAUGCAGCUAAAAAUCCUCGCCUCGCUGAUUUACUCAAUUCCGAUGCAACACCUCGUGCCGCGCGUGCGGGUCACCUCCCCUGUCAUACGCUCACAGCGGCACGCCUUCCUCCGUCGUCUCCGCAAACUCAUUCCCUCCUCUUCUCCCACAAAUGUAGCUCAUUCUGUACGGAAUGAUCGUCAUCGUGAUCCCCUGGAUUUCCCUGCUACAUCUCCAUUCCCCCGCAACUACUCACACUUGGCGCAGGAAACUCAUUCACGUAUGAAUCCCUACGAGAGCUCUCGGUCCCAACCAGCACCAUCACCCAUCACACAGUCCCGCCUUCACCACCUAUUAAACUGGUGGCCCGUUCGUACAGGCCCUGCACCCCCGCCUAUCGUCGAUGUUCCUCAUGCCCCGGGUAAACUGCGCAUCGCUACAGCUGGUGCUCCCACGCAUGACGACGACGACUUGAUUCGUGAUGAAGAUUAUGUUUCCCCGUGUCCUUCGCCGAACCCUAAUUCACAGCCAUCGCCCGCAGUGCUCACCAACACCGGAUCACAUGGAAGCGGCCGCUUCUGCGGCUGCUUCUAGAUCGUUGCAUGAUAUUGACUUCUCAAUAUGUGGCCACCAGUAUAGCCCUUGAAUUACUUCUCCUUGUAUCAAUGUCAUGUAAGAUAACUAUAGACAUCACAUAUUGUCAAAGACCUGUGCGG